GCUUUGGCAACCUUCACGCUCAUCACAGCCCUCAUCAUAAGGAUUGUUUUGCAGUUUUUGGCGUGUUUAACAAGAUUUUCCUUUGAUGCCAUCAUUUUGGGUCUGAAAGGUGGAGUGACCAGCAAUGUACAAAAUAUAAUAAGAUGCCUGAAGUAGAUCUAGGAAGCUAACUUAUACCAUCUAAGUUCACAGUGUAACCCAGUACAGAACUUGGAAAGUCGUUGGGGGAAUACAACUCCUAGAAUUGCCCAGCCUGCAUGAACUCUGGUGCAGAAUGACAGAAGAUGGAGUCCAGCAACAUCUCAAGGGGCUGAGCUCAGAAGAAGGGUGUUUAGAAAGCAAGAAAAAGUCCGGCUCAGAGACACUGAUGCUUCAGAGACAAGAAGAGAAGGAGGAGAAAAGGGGCUGAACACACAUAAAGUCCCCAAAGGAAGAGAGCCUCUGGUUCCCUCCUUCCCCAUGCUCCCGCCCCGCCGGAGCCAGGCCGCGCUUAAAGAAGGUCUCCGCCGCCAGGAAGGACCCAGCAGCAGCAGCAGCAGCUUCCAUCACUACCAUCACCACCACCAUCAUGCCCCGCUCCUUCCUGGUGAAGAGCAAGAAGGCCCACAGCUACCACCAGCCCCGCCGAGGGGCAGAGGAGGCAGGGGAGCCCGCCCUCAGCCUCCAGGGGGUCCUCGCCCGCAUCCAAGCAGAGUCCUCCUGUUCCCUUCUCCUCCUCGGAGCCCCUCCGGAGCCCCCUCCUCCUCCUCCUCCUCCGGGCGCCUUCUCUUCCUCUUCGGACGACGCUUCGGACUCCUUGCCCCCUUCCUGCCGAGGAAGCCCCGCAGCAGCAGGAGGAGAGCCCCCCGCGGCGCCCCAGAGCCUGCAAGAGGAAGAGGGGGAAGAGGAAGAAGAUCUCUGGAGACCCCCCUCGCCCUCCGCCUCCCCAGCUUCUGAGCGCUCUAUUUGUCCAUCCUUAGAUGAAGCGUCCCCCUUCACGGUGCCCUUGAAACCCUAUGCAUGGAGUAGUCUGGGAAGCUCUGAGCUGAGGCAUUUGGUACAGAACUACAGGCCUUGCCCAGCUCUGGAACGCAGCUCAUCCCUUGGUCUCUUCUGUGAGCGGAGAACUGAGUCCAGUCUUUUUGGAUCUGAGCGGAGCUCAGCCCUGGGACUCUAUGGUGACUUUGGCUCCCCUGGACUCUUUGAGCGGCCAACCGCACCUCCUGGCAUCUAUGUGGAGGCUCCCACUGGACUCCAGCAGGAGAAGAAUGCAAGUGGCAUCAAACUGGAAUCAGAGCUCCUCUGUCGCCCCCUGUUGCUCAGCAGUGGUUCCUACAAGUGUGUCAAAUGCAGCAAGGUCUUCUCCACCCCACAUGGCUUGGAGGUGCAUGUUCGUCGUUCACAUAGUGGCACCAGGCCCUUUGCUUGUGAAAUGUGCGGCAAGACGUUUGGCCAUGCUGUUAGCUUGGAGCAGCAUAAAGCUGUGCACUCACAGGAACGCAGUUUUGACUGUAAGAUCUGUGGUAAAAGCUUUAAGAGAUCCUCUACCUUAUCCACCCACCUCCUCAUCCACUCAGAUACCCGGCCUUAUCCAUGUCAGUACUGUGGGAAGAGAUUCCACCAGAAAUCUGACAUGAAGAAACACACUUUCAUCCAUACAGGUGAAAAGCCCCACAAGUGUCAGGUGUGCGGCAAAGCUUUCAGCCAGAGCUCCAACCUUAUCACCCACAGUCGGAAACACACUGGCUUCAAGCCCUUUGGCUGUGAUCUGUGUGGCAAAGGCUUCCAGAGAAAGGUGGAUUUGCGGAGACAUCGGGAGACACAACACGGCCUGAAAUGAAAGCCACAUGGAAUUGGGGGAAACAACAGAAACACUAUGUCAACAUAUUUUCCCUCUUUCCUGGUGGGUUGCCCUUUUCCUUCCCUCAACUCUCUGGUCUGGUCAUUUGACCCACUUCCUGCCAUACUUUCACUGAUCAGGAAGUCAGAGCACACUGGCCAGGUUUUUCAGAACUCAACCAAAACCAGUCUUGGGAUGAAAGUGGAACACCAUGGUUGAAAGAAGGCAGGAUGGAACCUCUUCUCUAUUUCUCUUCCUUUAAAGUUAAACACUGAAGGAAAAUAAUACAAACGCCACCACCUUGAAAUCCCAAAGACUGUAUGGAUAAGCUACCUGGUGCUUCCAUACCAGAAAGUCCUCCCUCUCCCCCAUUUCCCAGUUAGCAUUGUUUUCCUGAAAAUUAUUAUUAUUACUAUUUUGGAAACCUGAAAUACAACAGUUUACAUAUGGUUAACACACUGAGCAGUGUGACAAAGGAGAGCCUGACUGUGUUUUGAUUUGCACUAUGUAAGAGUUGAAACCGGUUUUAAUGAAAUGUUUUCCACUGGGGAACUUUUUUCCCCAGAAUAAACAGAGCAAGUGGGGGAUUUAGGUUUGCUUUUGAUUUUGUAUUUCCCUCUUAUCUUUAUUAUGCGGAAAUAGUCAGAACUAAUUCUGAUGCAAACACAUGGCUGAGAAAGUCCCUAGCCUGUUUUGUUGCCACUUUCUGUUUUGUUGUCUUCUUUCAUUCUUGGCAUUUGAUCACAGCUGUGUUGCAGUCUAUGUAGCUGGCUGCUCACUGCUGCUACUUCUUCUUCCUCAUUUUC